AUGGCGCGAGAACCAGCACGUCCACCAGCGCAUCGGGAAGCCACUGGUCGACCAGUGAUCAAGAAUAAGCUAUGUAUUAUCAACGCAGCACGAGAUAUGUCGCCUCACGCUGCGCUGGACACGUACUUCUCUGGACCGGAACGCCGCGCAAGACGGCUUGCGGUGUUGGUGGAGGACAUAGUGUUGGUCGACUGGACGCACGUGGAGUGCUACCAAGUGUGA